CGCGAUAAUCCGGUCUCUUCCUUGGCCGUCGUUCGCAGAGAGACACGGGCCAUGUUCAGUACCAGCGCCAAGAUCGUCAAGCCCAAUGGCGAGAAGCCAGAUGAGUUCGAGUCUGGGAUCUCUCAGGCUCUGCUCGAGCUGGAGAUGAACUCUGACCUGAAGGCUCAGCUCAGAGAGCUGAACAUCACAGCAGCAAAGGAAAUUGAAGUUGGUGGCAGCAGGAAGGCCAUCAUCAUCUUCGUUCCUGUUCCUCAGCUCAAGUCCUUUCAGAAGAUCCAGGUCCGGCUAGUGAGGGAGCUGGAGAAGAAGUUCAGCGGGAAACAUGUGGUCUUUAUCGCACAGAGGAGAAUUCUUCCCAAACCCACCAGGAAAAGUCGCACGAAGAACCGACAGAAGCGUCCCAGGAGGUGGAGACCUUCUCUGGAGUCUACAAGAAGCUGACAGGAAAGGACGUGGUCUUUGAGUUCCCAGAGUUCCAGCUGUGAAUGUCCUGAACACAAUAAACCUUGUUGACCGUC